GGAAUGUGUAAACUGGUCAUCAAGGAUAUGCAGCUCUUUAUAAUUCUGGUAUGGAUGAAUUGGCGUGAGAGGAAUGCCGUGCUUUAUGGUCAAACACUUACCCCCUGCGCAAGUACUGCUUUGAGAAGGAUUUUCUUCUAUUGGAAAGUCUGAGUGAAGCUCAGCUAGCUGAUGCACCAGCGGAGGGCGAAUACUGAUGGCUGUAUUGGUGCUCGGCUCGCAGGCACCCUCCAACGCAUAUGCGGUUAAAAGUUAAUUGAGAUGGGGCUGUGUGUGACAGGAGUGGCUUAUAUGGAGCAGCGGUCGUUUUACGUGAUGAGAAUGGGGCUCUGUUGGAAGCAGUCGGUCAACGUUUACAGUUCAGGAUCUUGGCAUGUCUAGCUGAGCUAUUAGCUAUUAAACUGGGGUUAAAACUCUUGCUGGAAAGAAGGGAGGUGAAUGCUGUAUUAGAAACUGACUGUAUGUGUGUAUCUUAUCAACUAGGAUGAAUCCUGUUUUGACGGCAAAGGAUGCGGUGGUUGAAGGGAUGCGGGCUUUGAUGUCAACUCUGCAGGUUUAGGUCUUGCUGCUAUGUGGGCUAUUCUGACAGUUGUGGUCGUUUUUGAAUUUUCUGUUGGAGCGACGAUAGGACGAGGUUUGAAUAGAAUGAUGUCUACUGUAGUAGCUUCUGCUCUUGGCAUUGGAGCUCAUCGAUUAGCAACUCUGACAGGAAAUCAAGGAGAGCCUAUACUUAUUGCUCUCUUUGUCUUCGUAGAAGCUGGAAUAGUGACAUUCUUCAGAUUCAUUCCCCAAAUGAAGGCAAGAUACGAUUAUGGGCUGCUGAUAUUCAACGUGACGUUCUGCCUGGUAUCGGUGUCUGGAUAUCGCGACAAAGAGGUCAUACAAAUGGGAUUCGAAAGGGUAUGUACCAUCACCAUUGGAGGCUGUAUAGCUGUUGCUGUUUGUGUUUUCAUUCGUCCAGUAUGGAUAGGGGUGGAGCUUCACAAUCGGAUUUCUACCAACAUGGAAAAGCUGGCCAAUUUCUUAGAAGAAUUUGGAGAUGAAUACUUUAAAGUAUCUGAAAAUGAGCAGACCAGAGAGAAGUCAUCGUUUCUUGAGGGAUAUAAAAGUGUUCUAACUUCAAAAGGCAGUGAAAACACUAUGGCUAAUUUGGCAAGAUGGGAACCGGGCCAUGGGAAUUUCAGAUUUCGUCAUCCAUGGGAACAAUACUUGAAAGUUGGAACCCUUACUCGCCAAUGUGCGUUCAAAAUUGAAGCUCUCAACAACUACCUUACCUCUGAAACCCAAACACCUCAGGAAGUCAAAAGCAUAAUACAAGGGCCAAGCGUGGUUAUAAGCUCAGAGUGUGGGAAAGCAUUGAAGGAGUUAGCAACCUCAGUGAAGAAAAUGACCAAAUCAUCCUCAAAUGAGCCUCAUAUUGCAAAGUCGAAAGAUGCUGCUGAAGAACUCAAAGCUGUUAUAAGAUCAAGCUUGUGUAAACACCCAGCUGAUUCUCUACAUAUAAUACAAGAAGGUGCAGUGGCUUCACUACUCCUUGAAAUUAUCACAUGUAUAGAGAAAAUUGCCGACGCUGCUCAUAAACUAGCAUCCCAAGCACAUUUUAAGGAUGUAAAGCCUACAGUGAAACCGGACCAGGAAAACUCCGUGAAUGAUGGGCCACACCAUGUUAUUACGAUUGAGGGUUAAAAUUCCAUUUACCGGAAACUGAGAACUCAUCAUUCACACCGGCAAUGAGUCCACGAAUGGAAGUGUACAGAUGUACGUACGUGGAUGCUUGAGCAGUUCUCUAUCAAUAAAGAAAUUGAUGGAAUUGCUUAUAUUUAGCUCUUUUAGAUUUUUUUUUUCUCUCUCUCUCUUUCCCUCGAUGCAUUUAGGAUCUUUACUGGGGAGUUCUUGUGUUGCUUUUUCCGUAUGAGGAAGCUCAUAGAGGUUCGGAGGUAAAUGAUAAAAUGUCAUCUUUUGUGAUCAUAAUAAUCUGUCCUGCCAAAUUAAAUAAGGGAAAAAAAAAGAAAAAAAGAUGGA